AAGGAAAGCCUGGGUGGGGCCAAUGUAGGCCAGGGCCGCGCGGGCGGGGCCGGGGCGAUGGGGAAUCUGUUCGGGCGCAAGCGGCGGAGUCGGGUCACCGAGCAAGAUAAGGCCGUGCUGCAACUGAAACAGCAGCGGGACAAAUUAAAGCAAUAUCAGAAAAAGAUAUCACUACAGCUGGAGCGGGAGAGGGCUUUUGCUCGGCAAUUGCUAAAAGAUGGCAAGAAAGAGAAGGCAAAGUUUCUGCUGAAGAAAAAGCGUUACCAAGAACAACUGUUGGACAAAACAGAAAACCAAAUUAGCAACUUGGAACGCAUGGUCCAGGACAUUGAAUUUGCACAGAUUGAGAUGAAAGUGAUUGAGGGACUCAAAAUCGGCAAUGAGUGUUUAAAUAAGAUGCACCAGGUUAUGUCAAUAGAAGAAGUGGAGAGAAUCAUGGAUGAAACCCAAGAAGCUGUUGAGUACCAGAGGCAAAUCGAUGAGAUGCUGGCUGGCAGCUUUACUGUAGAGGAUGAAGAUGCCAUCUUAGCUGAAUUAGAGGCCAUCACUCAUGAACAGAUAGACCUUCCAGAGGUUCCCUCAGAGCCCCUCCCAGAAAAGAUUCCAGAAAUAUCACCAGUCAGAGUCAAACCAAAGCCAGAACUGGUGGCCGCAUCUUAACUCCACUCCCCGGGGCAUCCUGGCACCUAGCAAGGAAUCCUGGAAUCCGACCAUGCCGGGUGUGCAAGAGAUCUCUGUCUUUUCCUGUUGGCAGUAAACAGCCAUGCUGGAGCAGGUUUCCUGCACAGAAUGGAAACUGUAACUGGUUAAUGUUCCCAUAUCAAGAUUAUUUUGUAGCGUGCACACGCCUCCUUUUUGUAACUUAAACUGGAUUAAAUAGUGACUCUCAAA